AAAUACUUGAAAGAAUUGCGUCUUUCAAGAAGUUUCUUCCAAAUGUACAGCCAUUCUAUGCUGUAAAAUGUGUUCCAGAGCGGCUCGUCCUAAAGUUGUUGAGUCAUUAUGGCCUCGGAUUCGACUGUGCCAGUAAAAGUGAGAUGGAGGCCGUACUUAGCUUGGGUGUGUCGCCAGAUCGCAUCAUUUUUGCGCAUACCAUCAAAAUGGCAUCGCAUUUACGUUAUGCAGCCGAGAACAAAGUUGCUAUGAUGACGUUUGACUGUGAAAAUGAACUGCAGAAAAUCAAAAAAAUUUACCCGGAUGCGGAACUGUUAAUACGGAUCCGUGUCGACGACUCGAAAUCCCGGUUCAAGCUUGGGAAAAAGUUUGGAGUUGCUGCGGAAGACUCCGAGGCAUUACUCAAGUUAGCAAAGAAAAACAAUCAGAAUGUCAUUGGUGUGAGUUUCCACGUUGGCAGUGAUUGUGCCCAUCCAACAAUGUUUCGUAAUGCCGUCAAAGCAGCAAGAACAGUUUUUGAUGAAGCGGAAAACAUGGGACUCAAUUUUUCAAUUCUCGACAUUGGUGGUGGCUUUCCUGGUGUAAAAAAGAAAGAUUAUCUUUUCAAAGAGAUCGCAAAUACUCUCCAGCAAGCACUUGCUGAGCAUUUCCCACCAUCUUUUGGUGUCAAAAUUAUUGCUGAACCUGGAAGAUUCUACGUACAAUCAGCGUUCACACUUGUGUCCCGAGUGUCGGCUGUUAAACAUACUCCUGAAGUGAAUGGAAAUAAGACAGAAAACCAGAACUUUGUAUAUUAUCUCAAUGAUGGCAUUCAUGGAUCAUUCUUCUACUAUGACCCAGACCUUCCACCAAGGCCAUUAAAGAGCAAGAAAGAGGAAACCUUGCAUUUGUCUACUCUGUGGGGGCCAACAUGUAGUCAAACGGACUUGAUCGGUGAAGGAUUUCGACUGCCAAAGAUGGACAGUGGUGAUUUGCUCAUUUUUGAGGACAUGGGGGCCUAUAGUUUCUCGUGUGUCACCAAUUUUAACGGCUAUGGAGAAAUCAAGAUUGUUUAUAUCAUCGCUGAGUCUGAUGUCCAAAAUUUAAAGAAUGAUUGUCUUAGACAUAUUUCAUCAAGGAAUAUGAAAAAAGAUGCCUUUGAAAAUAUGCUGGAAAAGUUUACUACAGAAUCAAUGUAACAGGUACUGUUUUUAUCGAUGUUGAUGUGGGUGCUGAUAUUCAGUGAUCACCUUUCAUUAAGUAUAUUUCAAUUUUACAAUCCUUCACUUGAUUUAAAUAUUCCUAGAUUGUAAAAGUAAAGUACAGAUCAAAGAACAAAAUUUUUGUCGAAAA